AUGCCCGCGAGGGAAUACUGCUGCUGCGCGAUCCCCAUCAUCUACUCGGGGAUCUACGCUACCCUGCUUGAGCAGCUCGUGCUCGGGAUAGUUGCGGGGACGCUAUCCAUCGGUACUCCACCCAUCGUUGGUGCCUCAACACCUUCGUUUGCCAAGUGGAUCUUCGCCGUAAUCUGUUGGGUGGCAGCUGGCCUGCAGCUGCUUGGGUUCAUAGCCGUAAGACAGGAAAAAGCCAUCCUCUUCCGUCGCUAUGUCACCCUCCACUCGCUCGUAACAGUAGCCGCCUUUGGCGUCGCUGCAGCCUGGAUCGCCAUCUCCGCCACUCGUCACACUCAGGCCCAGGACAAGUGCAUCGCCGACUUCUUCGCCGGCACCGUUUCCGCGAACAACUCCGAGGGCCAGACACUCUGCAACAUCUUCCCGUGGGCUGACAUCGGAAUCAUGGGCGCACUCUGGGUCCUGCUCGGCAUCAUGCAGGUAAGGCGGCUCUUAUUGACGUCACGAGUCCACCCGCUCACGCUCUCCCUCCAGCUCUACCUGUACUCCGUCCUCAGCGCCUUCCGCAAAGGACAGAGCCGGGACCACACCAAGUACGAGUCCCUCAUGUCCGAGAAGUCGAUGAACAACAUCCCUCUGGAGGAUCGCGGUGGUGCGUGGGGUUCACGCAGCUCAACCGAAAGGCUUGUUCAAAAUAGCGGCCAUGCACGCCAAGACAGCACCCGAAACCUUUGCUGCAAACAACUACUCCGCAUACCCCCGAAUGUGCAUACCGCGGACCCUACGCCCACUCCUAAUGUCCACGACGGAUACUACGAUCAACCUAAUGCGUACGGCGCCGGUGUCGGGUACCCCGCGCGGAGUCAGGCCCACCCUGGUGAGUUCUAG